GUGUGUUUUUGUCACGUGUGCAGUUGUUGGAAAAAAGGAGAGCAAAAGAAGAGUUUGCCCUUUGAAAAAACUUAUGUACACAUUCAUGCUGUCCUUGAGUUUAGUUUGAGUUUUAAAAGACAGUUUUAGCUGCCUGAGUUGCACUCUGGUGGAAGCCAUCAUGGGGAGCGCUGUGGUGCAAAUCACCCUCUUUGGACUGCUGCUGGCUUUGGUUAUCGCACUACCAAACAAGGAUGACUGGGACAUCUACAACUUUUAUAUCAACUCAACAGUGACCAGUCGUUAUGCCACCACUGUCAUCACAAGCCGCGUGGCCAACCGAAUGAACGAGCCAAAAGAAAUAGAAUUUCAAGUCCGGAUUCCCAAGAAUGCCUUCAUCAGUAAAUUUAGGAUGCAUAUAGACGGCCAGGAUUACAAUGGUGUUGUGAAAGCCAAGGAACAAGCUCAGCAGCAAUACACUCACGCUGUGUCCCGGGGCCAAAGCGCCGGACUUGUCAGUUCUGUAGGAAGGACCCUCGAAGAAUUUAAGACCUCUGUGACUGUGGCUGCUCACAAAAAAGUCACCUUUGAGCUGACAUAUGAGGAACUGCUGAAACGCAGGCUUGGCAAGUAUGAGCUGCAAAUCCAUGCUCGACCCAUGCAGCCUGUCAAAGACUUCAAGGUUGACGUGCACAUUAAUGAGAACGCUGGCAUCAAUUUCAUCGAGGUUAAAGGCGGACUAACAACUGGUGUCCUGGCUAAUACCACCACCAUACAAAAAGAUGCAGACAAACAGGCAUGGUUGUAUUUCUACCCGACAGAGGACCAACAGAAAACAUGUCAAGGCUGUGGAGAUCAGGGUUUAAAUGGAGAUCUGGUUAUUGUUUAUGAUGUCAACAGGGACACCUCACUGGGAGACAUCAAGACAUCAGAUGGGUACUUUGUUCAUCACUUUGCUCCAUAUAAUCUUCCCCGCAUACCAAAAAAUGUUGUCUUCAUUAUUGAUCAAAGUGGCUCAAUGCACGGCAAGAAAAUACAACAGACCCGCACUGCAUUGAUCCAUAUCUUGAAAGACCUGGCAGAAGAUGACUACUUUGGUCUUAUCACGUUUGAUAGCAGCAUUUUUCACUGGAAAAGAGAACUUGUUCAGGCUACUGAAGAAAACCUGGGUAGUGCCAGGACAUUUGCACGGGCUAUACAAGAUAGAGGAGCCACUGACAUUAACGCAGCAGUGUUGGAAGGAGCUCGUAUGCUUAACUUACAUCCCAGAGAAGGUUCAGCGUCUAUCCUUAUACUUCUCACUGAUGGAGACCCAACCACAGGGGUGACAAAUCUUGAAACAAUACAGUCAAAUGUAAGAAAGGCUAUCGCAGACAAAUUCCCACUCUACUGUCUUGGUUUCGGUUUUGACGUCAAUUUUGAGUUCCUUGAGAAGAUGUCACUGCAGAACAAUGGUGUGGCACGACGGAUUUAUGAAGACUCAGAUGCUGAUUUACAACUGAAGGGUUUCUAUGAAGAGGUGGCCACUCCUCUGUUGACAGAUGUGACAAUGACCUAUGUCGGUAGCACCAACCUAACCCAGACUACCUUCAGCCAGUAUUAUAAUGGUUCUGAGAUUGUGGUGGCUGGUCAGUUAAUUGACAACAACGUUGAAACCUUCAUUCCACAAGUUGUGGCCAUUUCGAAAAAUCAAAGGAUAGUGUUUUCUGACCCAACUGCCACCACGGAGUCCACCAAAACGGUGUCUGACAACCGCAUCCAGAGGGUUUGGGCCUACCUCACAGUCAAACAGCUUCUGGAGAAAGAACUGCAGUUAUCUGGACCUGAGAAGGACAAAGUGGAGAAAGAGGCCCUGAGGCUGUCGCUGAAGUACAGCUUUGUAACCCCACUCACAUCCAUGGUGGUCACCAAGCCUCAAGGCGAGAACACAGAUGUGCUCCACAAACCAAAAGAAGGGGAAAAACCAGAUCCGGUUAGACCCAGAGGCGGAGCUCCCCAAGUUAUGGGACAUGGAGGUGGCUACAGACUUUUUGCAGGCAGUUUGCCAGGUCCCCCAGGUCCCCCAGUUAUGGGAUAUGCAGGAGGUAGCUACGGAAUUCCGGGAGGCGUUACCAGACAUAGAGACACUGGACGUCUAAGACAAGUAGGUGGCCAACCAGUUACUAAAGUUACCAGAGUUAUACAAGCUGUGGCGACAAUGGCCCCUGUUUAUCCCGGUCAAUCCAUCAUUCUGCCAGAAGAUGGAGUUGGAGUGAGUCACGAAGACCAUUCAUUGCUUCCUCCCGCCACCCCUCUGCCAGCAACUCAUGCUCCUAUUUUGCACAGGUUUUUGCUGAAAACUGUGAACUCUUCUCUUCCACUAUGCUUUGAUCUCCCUGGAAGUGUCAGCCUUAAACUACUCCACCAUCCCAACAGGGAGCUGUCUGUGAAUGGUGAGCUUGAUUCAGUCAUGCGUGGAAGCUUCAAAAGGAUUGUUAUCCACUUCAAGACUGAGCACCAUGUUGAGAUUGACGCCAAAGGAAUCACCGUACGAAAUGGGCAGACAGAAACACACCACACUGGAGACAAUUUUGUCGUCACUGCUGAAAGCCUGACAGUGAAUAAGCGGGACAAAGAAAUCGAUGUUUCAGUUGGAGACCUACGCAUGGCCAUCUUAAUUCAAGUGAUUGCUGCCGAAGAAUUCCACUGGCCGGUUUUAAGACAAAAGCCAUCGGACACCAACAUUACAGGAAUUUUAGCUCUAGAACCAGUAGUUUAUGAGGAGGUGCAGCAAACUCCCUCGAGAAAACUUAAGAUCAACAACCAGGAAAUCGAUGUCACCAGAUCCAUUGUCUUUGACCAUAGUAUUAUCUCUCUACCGGCUCUGGACUGCUGGCUUAUGUCUGCUGAGUCUGCCCUACAAGGAUCCCUGGACGAUUUCAUUGUUACACAACUUUAACUGGGGGAAAAUGUUGAAUCACUUUCAAAGAUUUCAACAAGAAGAACAAUAAGGCAAACGUCAAUAUAGAAACGACUUCCCAGUUGUUGUAACUAAAAUAAACAAAUAAAUAGUAUCCCAGA